GGUGGCUGGCGCGAAAUCGGUUCUCGUCAUGGCGUCCGCGAAAGAGCCCCGCAGUCGGAACCUGCCCUGGGUGGAAAAGUAUCGGCCCCAGACCUUGGAUGAUCUUAUUUCCCAUCAAGAUAUCCUUAACACAAUUGAGCGAUUUAUCAAUGAAGAUCGGCUCCCUCAUCUGCUAUUUUAUGGACCACCAGGAACUGGGAAAACAUCUACCAUAUUGGCUUGUGCCAAGCGACUUUAUAAGGACAAAGAAUUAAAUUCAAUGGUUUUAGAGCUGAAUGCCUCCGAUGACCGAGGUAUUGACUCAGUCCGUGGACCAAUAUUGAACUUUGCCAGUACCAGAACAAUUUUCAAGAAAGGCUUUAAGCUUGUUAUCCUAGAUGAGGCAGAUGCUAUGACUCAGGAUGCUCAGAAUGCCCUCAGAAGAGUGAUUGAGAAAUUUACAGAAAACACAAGGUUUUGCCUGAUCUGUAACUACCUGUCAAAGAUCAUCCCUGCUUUACAGUCUCGAUGUACUAGGUUCCGCUUUGGACCACUGACAACAGAACAGAUGAUUCCAAGAUUGGAAUAUGUCAUCCAAGAAGAAAAAGUGGACAUAACUCCAGAUGGAAUGAAGGCUAUUUUGACUCUUUCCAAUGGUGACAUGCGACGAUCUUUGAAUAUUUUGCAAAGUACAAACAUGGCGUAUGACAAAGUGACUGAGGAUACAGUGUACACCUGCACGGGUCAUCCACUAAAAUCAGAUAUCGCAAACAUCCUUGAUUGGAUGCUCAACAAAGACUUCACCACUGCAUAUAAGAAUAUCAUGGAAUUAAAGACGUUAAAAGGUUUAGCCCUGCAUGAUAUUCUGACUGAGGUUCAUACUUUUGUUCACAGAGUUGAUUUGCCAUCUUCAACUCGCAUUCAUCUAUUGAUCAGGAUGGCAGAUAUUGAGUAUAGGUUGGCAUCAGGAACCAGUGAGAAAAUCCAGUUAAGCUCGCUUAUCGCUGCUUUUCAGGUUGCCCGUGAUAUGGUUGUAGCUGAAGCCUAGUGCCUUGUGAGAAACUACACUGAUAAAUUAAACAUUGUUUAAAAUUUU